AGACAAUCAGGUGAUCAGAGAGACGUUUGUGGUCAGAGAGCCGCGGACAGAGGAUGUUGUGCGUUGCGGUGUGUGUGUUGAUGCUUUCAGGUCUCGUCCACGCCGGACCGACUGACAGCAGAUCGUCCACUCUGAGACUCUCUGAUGUCCACCGACGCUCAGAUCAACGGCAUCAGAAGCUGGACCCUGAAGUGCACAUGAACAUUACAGAGAUCAUCCGAUGGUGGGGUUACCCUGCGGAGGAACACGAGGUGGUGACGGAGGACGGCUACAUCCUGACUGUCAACAGGAUCCCACAAGGAAUCAAACAUGCUCCAGGUCCGAGGCCCGCGGUGCUCCUCCAGCACGGCCUCCUGGCCGCGGGCAGUAACUGGAUCACCAACCUGCCCAACUCCAGUCUGGGCUACGUGCUGGCCGACGCCGGCUACGACGUGUGGAUGGGAAACAGCAGAGGAAACACCUGGUCCAGGAAACACCAAACGCUCACGCCAGACCAGGACGACUUCUGGAGGUUCAGCUAUGAUGAGUUGGCUCUGAAGGAUCUUCCAGCUGUUGUAAACCACAUCCUGAAGGUGACGGGUCAGGAACAGAUCUACUACAUCGGACACUCUCAGGGAACCACUAUAGCAUUCAUAGCGUUCUCCACGCUGCCGGAACUGGCCAGUAAGAUCAAGUUGUUCUUCGGUUUGGCUCCUGUAGCGACUGUAGCGUUCACCGCUAGUCCCAUGACCAAAAUGUCUGUCGUACCUGAGUUUCUCAUCUGGGACCUGUUUGGUAGGCGGGACUUCCUGCCUCAGGAUCACAUGAUCGAAUGGUUUGCAGAACACGUGUGUGGGAAGCGGCUGCUCAGUGAGCUGUGUGGAAACCUGUUCUUCAUCCUCUGUGGCUUCGACGAGAAAAACCUCAACAUGACUCGGACUCCAGUCUACGCCACACACUGUCCUGCUGGGACCUCAGUCCAGAACAUGGUCCACUGGGCCCAGGCGGUUCAUGGAGGGAAGCUGAUGGCCUAUGACUUUGGAGCUGCAGGAAACAUGAAACACUACAACCAGUCCACUCCCCCUGAAUACCACGUCCACGACAUGAAGGUUCCCACCGCUCUGUUCUCAGGGGGACACGACACACUGGCGGACCCCAAAGACGUGGCUGUCCUCCUCACUCAGGUGUCUAACCUGGUCUACCAUCAGCACAUUGAACACUGGGAACAUCUGGAUUUUAUCUGGGGUCUGGACGCUCCUGAGCUGAUGUUUCCCUCCAUCCUGAAGCUGCUGCAGGAACACCACUAGAGGACGCCAGACUGACCGAGAGUGUGUGUGUAUGUGUGUUAGGAGAUACUGUGAUCAUGUACACACCUGUACAACGAGUACUAGUACUGUGUACAAAGCAGGUGGACCAGCAUGUGUUCUGUGGAUUUCAAUGAGGAAAGGUCACAGAUGCAUUUUAUGAUAAAGACCAGCAGACUUCCUGUGUGUGUGUGUUUGUGUGUGUGCGCGUGCAUGUAUUACUCAUGUUGUAGUUUACAUACAUUUGUUUACACAGUCACAUUGUGGGGACUCGCCUUCCUUGUGGGGACAAAAUGCAAGUCCUCAUAAUGUCAAUCAUUAAAUUUUAGGGUGAAGAUUACACUGUCGUGUUGUCGAUUUGCCGGUGAACCUCAAACUGUGCACCUGUAAACCACCAGCGUGCUAGCAUUGUCUAUUGUUAGCAUUAGCGUUGCCCUGAGUUUGGACUGAGUCUUCAGACGUUUACAUUUCAUGGCUGAUAAUGAAGACGAGGAAGCUGAAGCACUCUGCCGAGUGGAAACAGGCUGUGUGAAUGAGGCCUGUUGAAACAGUCGGGACUGUGAGCUGCUUCUGGAACAAACCUGAAACAUCCUGGAAUUUACAUCUGGUUUUUAAACUUUAUACAUGUGGAAAAGCUGGUGAAAGAUUCUUUUUAAAUCUUAUUUUCUGCUCUAUUUGUCACUAAACCCUCGUGUGACCAUUUGAAACAGUGUCACAUGUUUUUAUUUCAGUAUUUUAUUAUUUGUGUUAGUCCUUUUCUAAGUAACAACUUCUGUGCCUCAUAUUUGUUUUCUCAGCUCCUCAUCAUGUUUUUCAAACAUACCAUCUACAGUUUUCUUCUCCAAUUUGUAGGUACUUAACAGUCAGUGUGUGAUUACAGCGGCAUCUGGUGGUCGCAGAGCCUGACAGACUUGCUGUAUAGUCUCAUACUAAUGUUAGCAACCCAACACAGCUGUAAUAAAUAUGCUUGUUUGGUAUUAGUCUUAGAUUAAAAGACCUGUCAUCAAUGUAGGAGAAGCAGCAGCAUCCAAUCAUGUUGCUGAACUUGUGGUGGGUGGGGUUAAGAUUUUAUUUACUUUUGGAUCACUGUGGCUUUAAAAUAAUCUGCAACAUUUGUUGUGUUUCUGCUAAAUGUGAACCAGUUUUUAAUUAAACUGUUUAAUAAAUUUCAUGAAUCAUAGACA